UCAACAGAGGCAACUGACAGAGAGGAUAAGGUUCUGAACACAUAUAAUUUUGCCUUUCAGGUAUUCAUCUUUCAGCAAAUAAGCACUUUAAUGUUUCCUAUGUACUGAAAGAUAACCCCAUGUUUGCUAGCUGACAAGCUAGCUGAGCAGCUAACGCCAGUUCCACCUGGACAUUCGCUGCUCGGAGAGUCCGGGAGUGAAAGUGUCCUGUCUAGCUGGUUUUGACUGUGCCAGAAAACCAUGGAGGCUGGGCAGAGUGUGCAAGCAGAAAUGGAGUUCAGAGGAGCUGAAUUUAGUGUUAGAGCAGAAAUGGAGGAGGAGCUGCUGGUUGUGGAGAUCUCUGAUUCACUGACUGCGGACCAGUGGAGAGGAGAGUUCGAUCCUGCCUAUAUUGAGGACCUCACACGCAAAACUGGCAACUUUAAACAAUUUCCCAUCUUCUGCAGCAUGUUGGAAUCGGCCAUCAGCAAGACUAGUGAGGCAGUGACCCUUGACCUUUUGACGUACGCCGAUCUGGAGCUCUUACGAAAUCGGAAAACCGGACUUUCAAGCAAAGCCCGUCCACAUUCACUGUCUUCAGCCAUCAGUGCCAAACGCUACCUCAUUCUAAUCUACACAGUUGAGUUUGAUAGGAUUCACUACCCACUGCCCCUACCAUACCUGGGCAAACCAGAUCCAGCUGUCCUGCAGAGGGAAAUUCAGGCCCUGCGGGCAGAGCUGGCUGCGCUCAGAACACAGGGAGGCCGCAACGUGCAAGAUCCAGAAACGUCACGGCUGCGUGCUGAAUUGGCUCGGGUACGAGGAGAGAAGGAGUCCUUGGCCCAGGCCCUUGAGCGACUGCAAGCAGUCGGAGUAGACCGGACUCCUGAUGCAGGAGCGCGGGGCCUCCGUGAGGUCAUACAGAGCCUAGAGGAGCAGCUUCUGAGAGAGAGAGCAAAAAACCAGAGAUCUGCCAGUAAGAGGAGCCAGGAAAGACGUCUCCUCCUGGACCAGCUGGAGGACCUGCGUGCAUCAGAAAGGGCCUUGCGGAUCAGAGUGAAGAGUCUGACCAAUGAGCUGGCCUUGUUGCAGCGUGGGAGGGCUUCUCCUCUGGCAUUCAGGCGGAGUAGCUCCAGGGGAGAGUACGAUGUCGUGGGUCCACGGUCAGUGUCCCGGGAGCGGAGUCUUGGUGGAGGAAUGAGGGCUCGUUCAGGCUCUCGAGAGAGGACUGAUGACCGAGACAGAGGUCAGAGGGCUGGCUCCACUGGGACUCGACCUCGUGUUCCCAGGCCUUCACCUUCACCUACAGGAUCCCGUGCCCAGCGGUUUGACCCCACAGGUUACGUGCUGGAGCGUCAGCGCAGACAGAAAGAAACAGAGAUCAAGAACCAAAGGAAGAUCAAGAGGGAUAUGUUGACCCCUCCCACUAACAUGGAGAGAGGACGUUCUCGGUCCCGUGAGAUCCGACCACAAUUCGCUCGAUUGGGCAGUGGAGGACGAGGGAGGAGUUCUUCGGCAGAGAGUAGAAGGAGCCGUCGCUUUUCUGACAACUCACUGGUUGAGCUUGAAGAAUUAUCUAAACCUAUCCCCUCUAGGACCAGAAAAGCUUCCUGUAAUAGUUCUUCCAUCCAUACUGUGCCCAGAGGGAGACAUUCCACUAAGAAGCCUUUAUGCAGCACUCCAACUCACAGCACGAGGGCUGUGGAUAAAGAGAGUGCUGACCUGUCUGAGAUCGAUGCCCGUCUUCAGGCCCUGCAAGAAUACAUGAGGGACCUGGACACUGGGCGCUAGAGCUGCCCCCUUAUGGACAUGGCCUCUGCACCUUUGCAGCAGAUUCCACUCCAUUGCAGGGAAUCCCUAUAGAUGCAAGAGAAUACAGAAUAAACUCCUGUGGAUCCCAACAGCAAUGUACUUCAGGUGCUGACAAGCCAAGCUACAUGAGUUUUUGGCAACACAAAGACAAUGAUGCUGAAACAUUAUGGGAAUGUUUCAGUGACAUAAUUUUCAGUUUUAAUGACCUAAUGCACCCAUAAUACUUUGCUGCCACCACAGGAAUGGUAGUUGGAGCCAGCCUCAGUGCUCUGGAAACAAAAAGAUGAGCUAGUCAGGCAGGUGCAACAACAGAUAUGCAAUAGGACUUGGUUUCUGGUGCUGCUUUUUUCAAAGUGUAGCCUCAAGAUUUCUAGUCCAUGUGUCAGUUUUGUGUAAUCAAUCAGUGCAGUGGAUGGGAAGGACACUUGUUUACUAUAUAUAAGUAAAUAAUUUGUCAGAAGCAAUAAUGCAGAGUUGUUGCACCUAGAGUUGCAUUUUAGAAUUUGGGUUUCAAUUUUUUUUUUAUUUGUCCCAUGUCUGCUUUAGACAGUAUUUCUGUAUGCAAAAAUGAAAAGCAACUGGAGGACAUUUUAACCCUUUCAGAUUUUGGGGAGCUACAGAUCACUUUUGGGUGUGAGCCCAUGUCAGUCUAUGUCAUUUCAUCCCAUGUUUGUCAUUCCUUCUAACAUCCUUGUAGCUUUACCUUCAACUUUUAACCCCAGACUGUUUUUUAUGCACUAGAUAUGAUCUCAUCAGGAAGAUUUUACUGUGGUAAUGCUAUAGUUCAUGUUUUUAAUGAGAGCUCCGUUUGUUAAAUAAUUGUUCCUUUGUGAUUUACUAUAAUGCAUCCCCUCACCAGUUUUUAAAAGGGAUCAACUGACUGAAAGAUGUGUUCCUUCCCACCUCACCCAUCAAUUGACACUGCUUUCAUAUUUCAUAGAUGCCAAGGCAUCACUAUCACUUCCAGAUCCAGUAAAGCUAUUUACAAUUCUUGGAGCUAGUCAUUAUCAGUAUGUAUCUGUAGAGGAACACAAAGCCAAAGCAAGCUGUAUCUGAAGUAGGGUAUGGUCCUGUCACUCUUGCUGAGUGUGCUGGUCACUGCUUAUGUGGUUGUACUUCUUUAAGCUGGCACACCUGCAUGGGAGAGUGCUACUGUGUAACCUCCAGCUGUCAUAGUUCUGUUGCAAAAACACUAGCACUGUGAGUCCUCACCUUCUAGGCAGCGAAGCACAGCAGAUAAAGUUAGCAAGGAUCCUGUACUUACACAUAUUUUAACCAAAUACAUAUCUUCCCAGUUUACCUGUGUAUUGCAAUAGUGAUUUCACAGCAACUAGGUUUACAGGUUAAUUGCUGAUCUAAGUGAUCUACUUAACAUUAUUCUGUCUGUGUGCAAGAUAUAGAUACAUUUUGAUACUGUGAUGAAUGUGAAGUUGGAAUAAGUGAAU